AUGGCUCCCGCAGCAGUUGAAUCGUCUCACCCUCUACCUACGGUGCCCUCGAAAUCCACGACGGUCGACUUGUCCAUCUUCCCCGACGGGUUCAAGACAUCGGGCCAACACCCGCCGCUCUACGACAAGCUGUACCCAUACUCUGCGUUUCCCAAAUCCAUCUCGGGUCCUACUGUGUGGUCGAACGAGGACUAUGCCUCGCACCCGGAGACGUGGACGCACGUCUUCUCAGACGCCGAGAUCAAUGAAUUGUCUACCGCGGCGGACAAUUUCAUGUCUCAAGGUCUGCCACUGACGGGAAUCAACCCGGGCAAUUUCCCGCUGCCCAGCAUGUCCGCUUCCCUCAAAUCGAUGCGCAACGAACUCCUCAACGGCAAGGGCUUCAUCCUGUACAAAGGGUUCCCCGUGGAGAAAUGGGGCUCGCACAAGGCCGCGGUGGCGUAUAUGGGGUUGGGGACGUAUAUCGGGUAUCCCGUCUCACAAAACGGACGAGGCCACAUUUUGGGCCACGUCAAGGACCUGGGCGAGGACAGCACGCAGAUCGACAAGGUGCGCAUCUACCGGACCAACGCGCGGCAGUUUUUCCACGCCGACGACUCGGACGUCGUGGGCUUGUUGUGCAUCGCCCGCGCCGAGGAGGGCGGCGAGUCGGACGUCGCAUGCGUCCACCACGUCUGGAACAUCCUGCAGGCCGAGCACCCGGACGUGGCCGAGCUGUUCACGCAACCCGUGUGGUACUUUGACCGCAAGGGCGAGGAGUCGCAAGGGGAGGAGCCUUACAUCCGCACCAGCGUCUUCUACCUGGAGACGCCCGCCGAGGGCGAGGAGCAGAGGGUCUACUGCAAGUGGGACCCGUACUACGUGCGCAGCCUGACCCGCUUCUCAGACAAAGGCAUCAUCCCGCCGCUGUCCCCGGCGCAGCUGCACGCGCUCGAAACCCUCGAGGACGUCUGCAACCGCGUCAAGCUGCACAUGAUCCUCGAGGUCGGCGACAUCCAGUUCCUCUCCAACGCCCACAUUCUGCACGCCCGGACCGCCUACAGGGACUAUUCCCCAGACAGCGGCAUGCCCCGCCGCCACUUGAUGCGUCUGUGGUUGAGCACCCCCGUCAGCGAGGGAGGCUGGAGACUGCCCUUCCACGACGCGGAUGAGAGGAAGAGAGGCGGCAUCCAGGUGGAUGACACGAGGCCGGUCGCAAGGCUGGAUGCAGAUUAA